UGCUCUUGGUGCGUUGGACAGCAACUUUUGGCAUGAGCAAGGAGGCGCUUCCCAUCCUGUCUCCGUUGAGCCGAGGUUGUGGGGGGAUACAGGCAGAAAGACUGCUGGUUCCAGCAACAUGGAGAAUGAUGUCGGGUUUAAGUUCCGUCUGCAGCUUUUCUUUAUUAGUGAAAAUCUGGUGACUGAAGAUGUAGCAGCUUUAAAAUUUCUCUGUACUGACUUGCUCCACCUCAGUAAACUAGAACGUGUGAAGUCGGCAGCAGACAUCUUCAGGCUUCUUAUGUUUCAAGAAUAUAUGAAUGCAGAAGACACUUUCCUACUAGCUGAACUCUUAUACAGAAUUAAAUGUCACUCCUUACUCGAGAAACUUGGUUACACCAAGGAAAAAGUACAAGAACAUCUGCAUGAGAAGGGAAGAGUAUCUCCAUACAGGCAGAUGCUGUAUGAACUGUCAGAGAACAUCACCAGUGACAUGUUGGAGGAAAUCAUAUUCCUCCUGCAAAACCAUCUUCCAAAGCGAUGGAUAAUUCCUUCUGCUUUGGAUUUGCUGACUUUAUUGGAAAAGCAGGGCCUUUUAACUAAAGACAAUGUAAACAUACUGAAGGACGUCUUUAAGCGUGUUUCACCUGAUCUCCUGGAGAUAAUAGACUGCUACGAAAAGGCCAAAGAUUACAAGGCAGCUAAUUUGACACAAGUCUUUCCUGAACUAAACCUGGAGCCGCGUGGAGAAUUCAGCAAUGUAGAAAAUGAAUCCAAGACUAUGACAAGCUACAAAAUGGAUGGGCCACACAGAGGAUUUUGUCUCAUUAUUAAUAAUGUUGACUUCAACAAUUGUCAGAGGAAGGGUUCUUGCAAAGAUGCUGACCAGCUGGAGAGAGUAUUCAUGUGGCUCGGUCUGGAUGUGAAGACUUACACAAAUCUGACGUCUGGGGAUAUUGUAAAUCUCAUGGAAACUUGGCAGCGUGUGCAAGAUCACAAAGACAGGAGCUGUUUUAUAUGUUGUAUUCUAUCUCAUGGAAGCUCAGGAGCAAUCUACGGGACAGAUCACAAACUUGUGUCAAUCCGCGUGCUUAUGUCCCACUUCACUGCCAAACAAUGUCCCCAGCUGGCUGCAAAACCCAAACUCUUCUUUAUCCAAGCGUGCCAGGGUAACAGUAUACAGCGUCCUGUCUUUGUUGAUACUGAUGGACCAGCUCCUGACUCAUCUGCUGUGCAAGAGAGAGUUUCUUUUUCUGAAAGUAUUCCUGAAGAGGCUGACUUCCUCCUAGGCAUGGCCACAGUUGAUGGAUGCGUCGCUUUCCGGCACACCGAGGAGGGUGCUUGGUAUAUUCAGUCCCUCUGCAGCAAGCUACAGUUGUUGGUACCAAGGGGUGAAGAUAUUUUGUCAAUUCUUACACAAGUUAAUGAAGAUGUGGCCAGACGUGUUAGCCCUUCAGGGACAAAGAAGCAAAUGCCUCAACCAGCGUAUACCUUGAGAAAAAAAUUUAUAUUCCCAAUACCUAUGGCCCCUCCUCCUUCAGAGCAUCAUUGAGGCUUUUAA